UGAGCAGUGCGUGUGUGUCUCAGCCGGAGCCGGAAGUCGUCUCUGCAAUCGGAUGUGUGUCAUCCAGAAUAGGCUCCAUUCGGACUGCAGGCAGGAGGAAGAUGGCGGCCUCCAUCGCACAGCAGUUGGAGGAGUUGUUAAACCCUUUGCCGACUUUUAAGGAUCCGGAGGACGAGGAGGAUGAAGCAACCAUUGCCAAAGUCAUUGACAGAUUCAAUGAAGGAGAUGAUAACCUCAUAUUUGACAGUAAACUGCGGAAACAAGCAUCAGCUUUGCUAUGUGAUACAGACAGGAGGUAUGUUGGGAAGGCGACCACUCGAAAGGCAUUGCAAGAAGAGGCCAGAGAGGAUUCUUACUCUGAUGCAUCAGAUGAAGAGGAAGAAAUGACCGACAAUGUGGAAAGCACCGAGGAUGAAGAUAUUGAGGAAGUGAAUAACAAAGAACCUUUGUGUAAAGCAGUGAAUGAAAGCAAAUUUGACUUUGAAAAAAUCAAAGACUUUGAGGAAUUCACAGAAGGCAUGGAUGAUUUAGGAGAAAGUGAUAGUGGCGAGGAGGAAGAGGACGAAAAUGAUCAUGAUGACAGAAGUGACGAAGAUAUGGAGAAGGACAACACCUCAGUAAUGACUUUCUCCAAGGUGAAAGUAGCCGAAGAAGUGGAGAAGGGAAAGGCGGUUAGAAACCAAAUAGCUUUGUGGGAUCAACUACUUGAAGGAAGAAUCCUACUACAAAAAGCUCUUGUGACCGCUAAUACUCUUCCACAGCCAGAUUCUAUGCCUUCUUUCAAAAAGGAAGGUGGACCAGAAUUUGCAACUGCUUUGAAGGACAGCUGUAAAGCAUUGAAGGCACUCCUGAGGUCACUAGUUGUGCUUCAGGAUGAACUGCUUUUCCAGCACCCAGACACACAACACUUUGUCAGUGGCAGGAAGCCAGAGCCAGAUAGUGAUGAGAUUCCCAGCGAUGAUGAAAUAGAGAGAAUGCAGGAGAGAAAACAACCACUGAAAAGGAAGCUGGAAAUGGAUGAGUACCCGAACUUCAUGGCCAAGCGGUUUGCUGACUUCAAAACCUAUCGGAACAGCACAUUGCAGAAAUGGCAUGAUAAGACAAAAUUAGCCUCGGGAAAAAUGGGCAAGGGUUUCAGUGCUUUUGAGCGUCCAAUCGUGACUCAGAUUGAGCAGAUUAUGAUGGAUAAAGAGAGGUUAUUGCGACGGACACAGACCAAACGAUCCUUGUAUAGUAUUCUUGGAAAGGUGGAAAAAGAUUCUCAGCAAAUUCCGGAGUCUGUGCCUGGAGAGAUGGAGAUUGUGCCACAAGGAAAGUCGAAUGCACAUCUGAAAGACAUAGACGAAGAGAUUUUUGAUGAUGAUGACUUCUACCAUCAGCUCCUCAGAGAACUAAUUGAACGAAAGACUAGUGCUGUUGACCCAAAUGAUCAGGUUGCUAUGGGCCGACAAUGGCUCGCUAUUCAGAAACUACGAAGUAAGAUUAAGAGGAAAGUGGACACCAGAGCAAGCAAAGGCAGAAAAAUAAGAUUCCAUGUUCACAACAAAUUAGUGAGUUUCAUGGCACCGAUUGACCAGAGUACAAUGAACGAUGAUGCGAGGACUGAACUAUUCCGAUCUAUGUUUGGAAACGUCAAACAAGAUGAGAAAGAGCAGUGACCAUCUCCGCUGGAUCCUCAGAUGCUAGUUUUCAUUGUGCCAGGAAAAAAUGUGGACUCUAUUAUUGUGGGUUGUCUGCAAAAAAACAGUAUUACACAUAACAUCCCUACAUCCUGUUCAAAUUGUGUUAUGGCUUAUAAAGACUUUUAUAAAUGGCACAGGCUUUAUAAAGUAAGUCAUACGUUUUGACCCAUCCAGUCCCCAAACAAGGGGAAUUAGGGUACAGGUUUUAACCAUUUGAAAACAUUUGUUCUUCCAGUUUUGUUCUGUACCUUAAGAAAUCCACAUUUUCCCCAAACUCGGAUCACCCAGCUCUGUCUUUACCCCAAAUGGAAGUCAAGCUGAAUGUAAAUGUAUUUAUUCAUUUUUUUAAAUUUAAAAAAAUGAAAAACUUUUAAUUGCCAGAAAGUGGCUUUUCUCCUACAAGAUAUCAACAGUCAACACCUGAAAUAUUUUCUACAUUUUAAUGAUGCUUUUAAAAAAUUAGAACUGUUGAUGGUGAGCAAUGGUCAUUUCUUCCUUGUUUUCCAAGUUCUGCCUCUUCACAACAGAAGAAUUGAAUUAAGUGUCCUGUUGUGGAAGGGUGCUGGGUGUAAAUUAAACUUUUGCAUCAAUUCAUUGAAUGAAGUUUCAUGAUAUUGGUAUUGCAUAGCAUGUGCAUAUAAAGAAGGUUUACUUGCUCUGCAUCACCUUAUAGGUUGGAGGGUGCUAAUUAAUUUUCCAGCAUACUGAAAAGUUUACUUUGAAGGUGAAGGCAAUUGCUCGGUACACAGAUUUAAUAUUUCACCAUCAAUGAUGUUAAAACUGGCCGACCACUGCUGUUGACCCACACAUUGACUUUCUUCUCAUCCGUACUGUCAGGCACUAGUACAACCUCAAGCAAACAUGGUUGGGGACAAUCCUGACACAUAGUUUCUUAUUCUUUGCACUUCUGCAAUGCAUAGAAAAAGUUAAGCACAGGAGAAUGACAAAUGGAGGAGUGGCAGGGCAAGGCAUCAAGGAGAGAGAGAGAAAGGGGUAGACAAAAUGAAAAGAAAAUGAGUCCUAUCAUUUCCACAGAACUCUCUCUCCAGUGCCAACAACAUGCAUUACUAGAGUAGUAAUUAUGUUAUUGGACCAGUAACCAGAAGUAUGGGCUAAUAAUCCAGAACCGCGAGUUCAAUUCCCACCGAAGCAGCUGGGAAAUUUAAAUGUAGUUAAUUAAAUAAAAGUGGAUCCUUUUUUUUAAAAACAAAAAGGAAGUAAUGGAAUGAUAGCAAUGAAACUGCCAGACUGCUGUAAAACACGUCUGGUUUGCUGAUACCCUUUAGGGUAGGAAAUCUACUGUCCUUGCCCUGUCUGACUAUAAUAUUAGCUCUAGACCUCUGGCAGUCUCUUAAUUGCCCUCUAAAAUAAUCCAACAACCUGUUAAAUUCAAGGGCAUUUAGGGAUGCACACAUGUAAUCGCAAUAAAAUGGAUCCUAAUCUGGAAGAUUUUUGUCCAUUACCUGUGUCUGUGCACAAACACCCAUAUCUGAUGCAGCUGUACCUUUUUAGGUACAAACUCCUGAUUCAAUACUCUUCACAUUGGUAUUCACUGAGUUUCUUCACAUUAUAGGAAUUGAACUUUUCACACAUUUCCUUUAUGACAUAGGAGACCAUUCAGCCCAACGAGUCUGCCACCUCUCAACAAUCCCAUUUCCCCACUUUCCCUGUAACUACUCUCUUACCUGCACAUCAACACCACUCUGAUUCUCCUGCCAUUCCCUACACUAGGACCGAUUACCUUACCAACCAGCUGGUCCUUGAGAUGUGGGAAGAAACCAGAGCAUCUGGCAAAACCCACAUGUCAUAGAGACAUUACUGGAGGGCAGGAUUGGACCCGGGUCACCUCUUUUGCUGCCCCUUUCAUCUCUCUGCUGUCCCUAAUUCAUGGAUAGUUGUGUUGAACAUUUCUUUGAUGGAAUAAUUUAAUUUGCUGAACAAGCAGUUCAAGGGGCUGUGGCCUGAGACCUUGUGAAAUGACUGUAUUGGUUUAUUAUUGUCACUUGUACCAAGGUACAGUGAAAAACUUGUCUUGCAUACCGAUCGUACAGGUCAAUUCAUUACACAGUGCAGUUACAUUGAGUUAGUACAGGGUGCAUUGAGGUGGUACAGGUAAGUGAAUCUGCAGCUUGUGGACACCCUGAUUAAAACAGCACUCCUUUGUGGCAAUCUCCACCUAUGAAUUAUAGGUUUUGCCUAUGUUCCUGGAUUAUGGUUACAGUCUGAAUGUUUCACUUUUGACCAUUGCUUUUCUUAACAAAAAAGGAAAAACUAUCCCUGAAGGUCUCUCAAAAAAUGCUUUUAUUUAAUUUCACUGAUAAAUUCUAUGCCAGCAAUAAAAGUUAACCAUACAGAAUUUAGUUUUGAUUCAUUGAGUUUUAAGAAUGUCACAAGUGUGUACAGAAUGCUCACCUAAGGUACUGACCACCCCGAUUGUGUGUAGGAUGGUCUGGGGUAUGAUGAUCGUGAACAGGUAGGCGGGAGUAACAUUUAACAAGGCAAUAAGAAGUUGAAUGUGCAUGUGAUACUUUAAGCAGUAUUAAUUUUGUUGAGCUUUACAAAGAGCAAAAGUCAGCUGCAGUUUGUAAUUACCAAUAAUAUCCAAUCUUGUGAAUAAAACACCUUCAAACUCAACCAAAAAUAAAGCCAGAAAAGUUCAAGCCUCAAUUAUAGUGAAUUACUAGAUAGCUGAUUAGGUAGUCAAAGAGAGUGAUGGGAACAAACUUUUUGCACGUGGCAUUUGGCCAAGAAAAGCCCAAGAGUUGACUAAAAAAGAUCUUUGCCAUUUAGAAGAUGUUUAUUUUGACUCAAUUUGCUUAGUAUGGGGCAAGCUGUGAGUAUUUUAUGGCACUGAUACUGCUGGUGUACCUUAACAAACCUGCCACUUUAAUUCACCAUCCCACUCUGACCUCUUUGUCUGGGGUUUCCUGCACUGUUACAACAAGGGCCAACGCAAGCUUGAGGAACAGUGCCUCGUCUUUUGUCUGUGCACGUGGCAGCCUGCAGAACUGGAUAUCAAAUUCUCCAACUUUAGAUAGCUCUUUCUUUCUGUUUGAAUCAGGACUGGGCAUUUUUGCCCACUAUCCCUCUCUUCCUUUACCUUUCAUCUGUACCUACUGGCUGACCUACUGAGUGCAGCAGUUUUGUUUUUAU